AUGACUUUCUUAGGAAAGCUUCGUGAAGUGGUCUGGGGAAAGCCAGCCCCAACCAAGCAGGAGAGGAAGCUAGUCUUCAAACUUGACUGCAUCAUUAUGCCUUUCAUCUGCUUGAUGUAUUGGGUGAACUAUCUCGACCGAUCGAAUCUCACCAACGCCUACGUCUCCGGUCUGAAAGAAGAUCUAAAGAUGUACGGAACCGAAUACAACCAAAUAAAUUCCGUCUUCUACGUUGGAUACACUGUCAGUCAGAUCCCGAACAACAUAAUCUUGCAGAAGGUAUCGCCACAGGUGUAUCUCACCAUAUCCAUGAUCUGCUGGAGCUUCCUCACCCUCGGUCUCGCGUUCGUCAAUGGCUGGCACCAGAUCAUGGGGAUUCGGUUCUGCUUGGGCAUCUUCGAGUCUGCCACCUUUGUUGGCUCGCAUUAUAUUAUGGGCAGUUGGUACAAUCAGCAAGAAAUCGGCAAGAGAACGGCUGUGUUUGCGGCUUCCGGAGUGGCUGGAAAUAUGUUCUCCGGUUUCCUGCAGGGUGCGAUUUACAAGAACAUGAAUGGAUUGGAUGGGAGAGCGGGCUGGCGCUGGAUGUUUAUCAUCGACUUCUUAAUCACCAUUCCCGUUGCUUGUCUAGGAUACUUUGUCUUCCCCGGGCAUCCAGAAACGACAAAGUCGAAGUUCCUGACUCCAGAAGAAAAGUCACUGGCUACCGAACGACUUCCCGAGCCACUCAUCAGGCGUGGAGCCCUGGGAUGGAGCCUGGUUCGUCGAGUGAUCUUGAGCUGGGAAAUAUACGCCCUAUCCCUUCUUGCCGUUCUAGCCGGUGACACGGAAAUGUGGGCUGACAAUGGGAUCCUCAACAUUUAUCUCAAAUACCUCGGGACCUACAGUGUUGAGCUCGUGAACUAUAUCCCCACGGCUGUUUAUGCAAUCGCUCUGGUAUCAAUCCUGCUUUGCAGCUGGUAUGCCGACUAUUUCCAGAAGGCCGGAGGCCGAUGGCAUGUUGGCGUGUUCCUGUCCGUCACAGCGAUUAUAUCUGGCGCCAUCAUGCUCAAGCCUCCCAGUAUUGGCGCCAAACUGUUUGCUUUGUUUCUCAAUGGAAUUCAACUUGGCUACCGCGGUGUCCUGUUUGCCUGGGCUAAUGAUCUCAUGCGCAAGGAUGAUGCCAAGCGAGGAAUUGUCAUCGGCAUGAUGAACGCGAUGACUAUUGCAUUCUACAUUUUCUGGACUUUACUUUUCUACAACACCGAUCAAUCCCCUAUGUGGUACGAGGGUAGUAUUGCUUUGAUUGUCACCGGUGUGUGCAUGAUCUUCAGUGUUGGGAGCGUGGUCUUCUUUGAGAGACGGGAGGCAAAGAACACAGUUGUCGUACUCGAAGGAGAAAGCACUACCGUGGGUUCGGAUCAAGACAAUGUCGUGGUUCAUAAAGCGGUAGACAAGAGGGACAAUAGUGUGUAAGGUGAAUGGAGUUUUGUCUAUCUCGAUAAUUGAAGUCUCUUGGCAUGGGAUAUACACGUGAUAUGGUUAUUUUCGACUUAACAAUUUAGUAACUGGAUUUAUUCAUGAAAAGGGGAGCUCCAUCUAGAC